AUGAUCGAUGAGAUAGAGAGCAAGACGAAAGUUGUCCCAGUAUUAGGAUUAGUAUGGGAUUUAGAAAAAGAUAGUUUGAGUUGCAAGAUCGAAGAAACAUUUAACUUGAGGGAACCUAUUACCAAAAGAAAAGUUUUGUCAAUUACCCAGAAAAUUUUUGAUCCCAUUGGCUUUACUGCACCGAUAACUGUAAUUCCUAAGCUAAUUUUGCAAGAAACAUGGAACCAGAAGAUUAAGUGGGAUGAAGAUCUUCCUCUUCCCCUAAGUGAGCAGUUUGGGACUUGGUUGAACCAAUUGCCUCUGCUAUCUCAGAUUGAAAUUCCUCGUUGGUUAAAUAUUGAUUACGAAAACGAAGAUACCGUAGUGCUCCACGUUUUUUCGGAUGCUAGUAAAAGAGCCUAUGCCACAUGUGCAUUUUUAAGAGCUGAAACCAUCGAAGGUGUAAAGGUUCAGUUAGUAAGCGCGAGAAGUCGAAUAGCCCCUAUUAAGGAACUUACGAUUCCACGGCUUGAACUUCUUUCCUGUCUGAUAGGUGCCAGGCUUGCCAAAACAAUUCUAUCAGAUUUGAAACUUAAGAAUUGUAGAACAGUGUUCUGGAGUGAUUCUUCUACAGCUUUGGGGUGGAUAAGAAGGGAUCAAGCAUGGGGUACGUUUGUUCACAAUCGAGUACAAGAAAUAAGAUCGCUUACCAGAAUAUCUGACUGGAGGCAUGUACCUGGAAGUUUAAACCCAGCGGAUCUCCCAUCGAGAGGAUGUACUAUUGAGCAAUUACAGAAAUCGGCAUGGUGGGAGGGCCCAUCGUGGCUUUACUUACCAGAAGACGAGUGGCCCCAUGUAGAAGAAAAGCCUGAUGAAGAACUUAUAAACAAAGGAAAAAAGGAAAACGAUUCUGACUCUUCUAGAUCAUGGAGACAAUUUGGACCGGUACUACAAAUACUUCUCUUCAUAUAG